GAUGAUGUGGGCAUCAAUCAAGACAAGGCCCUGUUUCUCCCCUCUGAAUCCAUGUCGGGGACCGACAUCCCGGAACACAUGGCCAUACCUAACUGGUGGGCUUGCAUCCGGAAACGAUUAAUAAGCUUUAUGCAGAUGUUGAUGCCUGUAGCGCGAUGCGGCUCAACAACUGGGGCGCAGUGGCGCCGUGGUCUGAGGCAAGAGUCUUGCCUUGACAAGUGA